AUCCGUCUCAUUACAUUACGGAAAUUUUAUUUCAUGUUGAUGAUUUCUACAGGAAUUAUAUUUAUUUUCAUAAUGAACGGUCAACAUAUACCCACAUCUUACUUACAAGCAAUUGUAUCAGAUACUUCAAGCAUCUUUAAUAAUUCAAAAUUGAAGCAUCUCAAACAAUUAAACUUGUUCAGGUUACUGAACAUAAAUCAAUCUAUAAAAAACAAUAUUCAUGAAACCACAGAAAUAUCCAGUGUACAUUAUGAAAGGUAUCAUCAAACAGGUUACUACAGUUCGUGUUUAGAAUAUAAAAUUAAUCAACCGAAUAAAUGCAAGCAAGUUAACUAUUCAAUAGCCUUUAUAAUCCCAUCAACUGCUGGAAGAAUCUCUGAAAGAAAUGCGAUUAGAGAAACAUGGGGUGGUUACGCUAAGGAGGCUGGUAUACCAGUAUUAUUCCUGCUUGGGAGACCAUUUUUGCAGCAUCAACAGAAGUAUAUCGAGAUGGAAAACGCGCUGCAUCAAGAUAUCGUUCAAGUGAAAUGCAUAGAUACGUAUCGUAACUUAUCACUAAAAAGUGUGGCCAUGAUGAAAUGGGUUUCCGAGUAUUGCUUUAACACAGCUUAUAUUCUGAAAGCUGACGACGACAUGUUAAUAAAUGUAAAUCGUUUGUUACAAACUUUCUAUAAUGAAAAUUAUAAAAGGACAAUAUUUGGUAGAAUUAUGAGUGACCUUGCUCCUCAUCGCCUCAAGAAAAAUUCUGCUAAAAUUCUGUACGAAACUAGCCUCGAACUACCUUAUCUACAUUUAGAAGACGUUUUUAUGACAGGGGUAGUGGCAGAUAAAGCAGGCAUUAAACGUGUUGCUAAUAAUGAAUUUAAGAACGAUCAUAGAAGAUUGACUUUUCAUAGUUUUAAUAGGCUUAUAUCCGCUCACGAAUAUUCUCCUCGUACGUUACAUCAGAUUUGGAAAACUGUAACUCGGUUUCCACAGUUAUUUUCUUUCUUUUCAGAUCACAGAAAAAAUUAGUAAUUACACAAAGAGAAUCAAUUAAGAAUAACAUUAUUUUAAAAGUACAUGCCAUUAAAUAUGCCAUCACAUAUGUACAAUUCAUGUCAUUUUCUGUAAGCAUUUUGUGUAUAUAAGUACUGUACAUAUAUUAUUUGUAUUUCAUAAAUUUUAUGUAAAAGUAAAUACAAAUGACCUCCCUUUAUAACAUUGUUCGAAUUUUUAUGAUCAAAUAAGGAUAUUGAUCAUAAGAAUUCCUGUUUUAGUACAUUUUACACAACAAGUAAAGUCAAACCUCCAA